AUAGGCAUAUAAUCAGCUUGUUCAUAGGAAUCAAGAGCCAAAACUUUUCUUUGUUUAGUUGCAAAAACAAUCAAUGGAGCAAAACUUUGUGUUUUCAUUCCCCCUCAUCAUGCUCUUCAUUACUCCUUGGUUUCAAUUAACCUUUCAUGUCAAUGCUGAGACUUCAACAUACAUAGUCCAUAUGGACAAAUCCUUCUUUCCUCAAGUCUUCACAACACAUCAUGAUUGGUUUCAAUCCACAGUUCAUUCUCUAAACUCAAAAACAGAACUACUUGAUCUUGAUCAACCAUCAAAGCAACAAUCAAAGAAAGUAGUUUACACCUAUGAUCAUGCCAUGUAUGGUUUCAGUGCAGUGUUAACUUCAAAUGAGUUAGAGACUCUUAAGAACAUUCAUGGAUUUAUUGCAGCAUAUCAAGACAGAACAGCCAUCAUUGACACAACUCAUACCUUUCAAUUUCUUUCCCUAGAUUCACCAAAUGGUCUUUGGCAUGCUUCCAAUUUUGGUGAAGAUAUCAUUGUUGGUGUUAUUGAUUCUGGUGUAUGGCCUGAGAGUGAAAGCUUUAAAGAUCAUGGCAUGACAAAGAAAAUUCCAAGCAAAUGGAAAGGAGCAUGUGAGGAAGGCCAAGAUUUCAAUGCUUCCAUGUGUAACUUCAAGUUGAUUGGAGCUAGAUAUUUCAACAAAGGUAUGAUUGCUGCAAAUCCAAAUGCUACAAUCACAAUGAACUCACCUAGAGACACGAUAGGGCAUGGAACUCACACAUCGUCUACCGUUGCAGGUAACUAUGUUAAUGGAGCUUCUUAUAAUGGUUAUGCAAAAGGUGUAGCUAGAGGCAUAGCACCACGAGCUAGGCUUGCUAUGUACAAAGUAGCUUGGGAAGAGGGUCAUUAUGCUUCUGAUAUUUUAGCUGGAAUGGACCAAGCAAUUUUUGAUGGAGUUGAUGUGAUUUCAAUUUCAAUUGGAUUUGAUGAAGUUCCACUUUAUGAAGACACUAUAGCAAUAGCUUCAUUUGCAGCUAUGGAAAAAGGGAUUGUUGUUUCAUCUUCAGCAGGUAACUCUGGUCCUAUGCUAAGAACAUUGCACAAUGGUAUCCCUUGGCUCAUAACAGUAGCUGCAGGCACAAUGGAUAGAACCUUUGGAAGCCUCAUUUUGGGAAAUGGUAAAAAAAUCAUUGGAUCGACAAUGUUUGAGACAAAUUCUAUAGUGGAAAAUCUUCCACUUGUUUACAACAAAACUUUCUCUUCAUGCAACUCAAUGAACCUUGUAUCACAAGUUAACAACAAACAAGUCAUCAUUCUUUGUGACUCAAUCUCAAACUCAUCAGUGAUUUCCCAAAUGAAUUUUGUUUCAACAACAGAAGUGUUAGGUGCAAUUUUUGUCUCUGAUAAUCCUAGUUUAUUUGAUUUAGGAGGUAUCUACUCACCAAGUAUAGUAAUAAAUUCAGAAGAUGCAAAAUCAGUGAUCAACUAUGCAAAAACGAGUAAGAAUCCAACAGCUAGCAUUAAAUUUCAAGAAACAUUUGUUGGAAUAAAGCCAGCACCAAUUGCAGCAAAAUACUCAUCAAGAGGACCUUCAAAUAGCUAUCAAGGAAUCUUAAAGCCUGACAUAAUGGCACCUGGAUCAAGAAUUCUUGCAGCUUAUAUUCCUGAUGAAACAUCGUCAAGCGACUUCGUUUUUAUGUCAGGAACAUCAAUGUCUUGUCCACAUGUUUCAGGUGUUGCUGCUCUUUUGAAAGCUUCACAUCCACAAUGGAGUGCUGCUGCUAUAAGAUCAGCAAUGAUGACAACAGCUAGUUUUUUGGAUAAUACAAAAACUCCUAUAAGGGAUAGUGGUUAUCUUUUACAAUCUGCUUCACCUUUUGCUAUUGGAGCUGGUGAGAUUGAUCCUAAUAGAGCAAUGAAUCCUGGUUUGAUAUAUGAUGCUACACCACAAGACUAUGUUAAUCUUCUUUGUGGUUUGAACUAUACAAAGGAGCAGAUUUUAAGUAUUACUAGAUCAAGUCAUUAUAAUUGUGAUAACCCUUCUUUGGAUCUUAAUUACCCUUCAUUUAUAGCUUUCUUUAGUAACAAAACAAGUUUAACUGGACAGAAGUUUAAGAGGACUGUAACUAAUGUUGGAGAUGGCGGUGCUAGUUAUAGAGUUAAGGUGACACAGCCUAAAGGUUAUGUGGUGACAGUUUCACCUGAUAUACUGGAUUUUAGUUAUGGAAAUGAGAAGAAAAGUUACUAUGUUUUCAUAAAGUGUGUUGUGUACAAUGAGGAAAAUGUUUCAUUUGGAGAUCUUGUUUGGAUUGAAGAUGGUGGAAAACAUAGUGUUAGAAGUCCUAUUGUAGUGGCACCAAGUGGAAUUUAAUGAGUUCUUAGUUUUUUUUCCUUCAUUUUUCAUGAUAUCAUAUCUUACACCUUUGUUAGACACCUAAAAGAAAUAAUGGAUUUGGAUUGUCAAUGGUCAUAAAGAUUAGAAAUUAAAAUCUACGUGUUUUAUGUACUAUCUUUGUCUGAUUUUGAUACGAUCACUACCAAUAUGUUGACGAUGUGAAUGAAUGAAUUUGUAAUUGUUAGUAAAUCCAAAACUAAAAAUAAUAGUAUGUAA